UACAACAUAUAACUCAACACAUAAAUUCCGAACUGUGAACAAGAGUACAAUAAGAUAGAGAUAUUUGAUGGAUAGAAGGGGUUGUUACAAGGAAUUGGUGCCAUUUGUGGUGCUUGUGGCGAAUGAAUGCAGCAACACAGGCUUGUUCACUCUCUUCAAAGCAGCCAGCAAUGGAGGCAUGAGCAACUAUGUCUUUGUUCCAUAUGCUUAUUCUGUUUCAACCAUUGUACUCUGUCCUAUCACUUUCUUCUAUAGAAGAUCAAGAGUGGUUCCUCCACUGAGUUUCUCAAUCAUUUCCAAAAUUGCCCUGCUUGGGGUCAUAGGAUGUUCAUCACAGAUGCUGGGCUAUGCUGGAAUUAGUUACAGUAAUCCCACACUUUCCUCAGCUAUCAGUAAUCUCAUUCCUGCUUUCACCUUCAUACUUGCCAUCAUUUGCAGGAUGGAAAAGAUAGAUGUAAAAACUAGAACAACCCAAGCUAAAAUUGUGGGAAGCAUAAUAUCAAUAGGAGGUGCAUUUAUAGUGACAUUCUACAAAGGCCCAUCCAUCAUUAUUGCUGAUGAUUCCCCUUCUCUCCAUCUUGUUCAACGAUUAAAUGGAAACUUUGAAUCAGUGGAUACAAAUUGGGUCAUUGGUGGCUUUCUUCUCACAACUGGCAAUAUCCUACUCACACUAUGGUUCAUUCUACAGGUGGAAAUCUUGAAGGAGUUUCCAGAUGAACUAUCUAUGGUCUGCUUUUACAACUUGUUUGCUGCCAUAUUUGCAUAUGCUUUUGGUUUAAUAGCAGAGACAAAUCCAAGUGCUUGGAAACUAAGACUAGAUUUAUCAUUGGUCUCCAUAGUUUGCAUUGGAAUAUUUAAUAAGUUCUUGAGCAGUGCAAUAUAUGCAUGGGGAAUACACUUAAAGGGUCCUGUAUAUGUAGCAAUGUUCAAGCCACUCUCAAUUGUUAUUGCUGUUGCCAUGGGUAUCAUGUUCCUUGGGGAUAUUCUACAUGUUGGAAGCAUAAUUGGAGCUACUGUAACAUCAAUUGGAUUUUACACUGUAAUGUGGGGCAAAGCAGCAGAGGAGAAGGAGGAAGAAGUUGUUGGAAGCCCUGAAUCACCAACUACUGAGCAUGAACAUGUUCCUCUCUUGCAAAGCUGUAAAACAGUAAAUUCUCAAAAGAAUGUAGAUGCAAAUGUAUAGUACACAUAAAUGAAUACAGCUCCAAUGAAAGCUGUUUAAAUUACAAAGACAGUGUAUACCAGAAACUUUAACAUACAUAUUGAUGUUGAUAUAGAAAACAAUUACAAAGACGGUGUAUUAUCCUUAUUAGAU